CCAUAUUUGAUUCGAUUAUGCUGUUCUGGCUGCGACAACCAGUUUAGCCUGACAAGAAAAAAAAGGUCUUUUUCCUCUCUACGAGCUCAGCUUUACGGUUAACUAGCGACGAAAUCCAGCUGCAUUCACAGUAACAACAGUUUAUAACCUGUAGUCAACGAUGAAUCCUGAAUAUGACUAUUUAUUCAAACUCCUCCUUAUCGGUGACUCUGGUGUUGGAAAGUCUUGUCUCCUUCUCCGGUUUGCAGAUGACACGUACACAGAGAGCUACAUUAGUACCAUCGGCGUGGACUUCAAGAUCAGGACCAUCGAGCUGGACGGAAAGACCAUAAAACUUCAGAUUUGGGACACGGCCGGCCAGGAACGGUUCCGGACCAUCACAUCCAGUUACUACAGAGGAGCUCACGGCAUUAUAGUAGUUUAUGAUGUGACAGAUCAGGAGUCCUUCAAUAAUGUCAAACAGUGGCUACAGGAGAUCGACCGCUAUGCCAGCGAGAACGUCAACAAGCUGCUAGUAGGCAACAAGUGUGACCUCACAACGAAGAAAGUUGUGGAUUACACCACAGCCAAGGAAUUUGCCGACAACUUGGGGAUCCCCUUCUUGGAGACCAGCGCCAAGAGCGCCACCAACGUGGAGCAAGCCUUCAUGACCAUGGCGGCCGAGAUCAAGAAGAGGAUGGGCCCCGGGGCCACGGCCGGCUCCUCAGAGAAGUCCAACGUCAAGAUCCAGAGCAAGCCUGUCAACACCUCGUCUGGAGGCUGCUGCUGAGACCCGAAAAGACCGCCACAACCUGAAUCCACCACCCCCACCCGAGCCCACGACCAGUCUCAAUUUUACCAUGCUCCACAGAGAGAGAAACCCAGAGAGAGAGAGGGAGAAAGAGAAAGAGAGGAGGAGGAGGGAGAGACAGAGGAGGAAGACUUUGAGUGGAUCGGUUUUGUAAUUGUGUGUGCAGCUACAACACCAGAUUCCCACCCCACUCCUUUCAAAGUCAGCAAUAGGACGGUAAGCCCACCUAAACCCACAGAACACACUGGGCGUUUUUUUUUUUUUCUUACUUUACCAAAACAUACUGGAAAAAACAAAAUGUGUACAAUUUUUAACAGUGUGUAAAUUUAACCAAUGAAAGAGAUCACAUGUAUACAGCUUUUUUGUUUUUGUUUGCCCUGCUCUUCAUUUUGAGUUUGUUAAAUGAGUCACUUUUCUAAAACUGAAAAAAAAAAAAAA